AUGUGGCUCAGUAAAAGAAAAAACAUCCUGCCGGGCCGGGGACAGCAUUUAUUUGACCCCUCUUCCCUCCCUCCCUCCUCCAUCGUCUUCUUUGGCCACCAACUCGCCCUCAGGAUCAUUCGGCGUGGGAUCCCUUACCGUGCGAAUAUAAAAGUCCGACAAAGCCCAUCACUCACGGAACAGCGCAUUCGAACAUUUAAUCUUUAUUCUCAUUCGUCUUCGUCGUCCCAGUUGGACACCAUGUGCUCCUCUUCCGCUCGGCAAUUGGUAGACACGAAUAAAGAAAAGUCACCCCUCACUGGCGGUGGUGUCUUGGGCGGUGGUGUCUUGGGCGGUGGUGGUUUGGGGAAACCCCCAGGGCAGAAAUGUUUCGAUUGUGAUGGUAUCUCCUGUUGCUGCAUUCCUUGUAUCAUCACCUGAGAGGGCCGGGCGCUUGUGAUGGAGAAGGGAAUCCAGGUUCUUUUUUCAUGAUUAUGUUUACUUUUUUCUUUCCCUUCCUUUCACGCUACAUCCGAGUUCGGAUGCCUUUGCCGUGGGGUUCGCAGGCGCUGCCGGUACUGGGGUUGGACUGAAUUGGGUGGAACUCAAUUUGGGUUGCGGGUUUUUAUAAUGUAUGGAUUGGGAUUGAAGCUUGCUCUCUUUUGAGCUAUAAUAACGAUACUAUGAUGAACCA